AUGGCAUUUUUGGGAAAAGUUGUUUUAAUAACUGGAGCAAGUUCUGGAAUUGGAGCUGCCACAGCUAUUCAUUUAUCUCACCUAGGAGCUUCACUGUCUCUCACCGGCCGGAAUUUAACAAACUUGGAGAAAAUUGCAGACCAGUGUAAUAAAGAGCGCAAGCCUUUCUUAAUUACUGGAGAAUUGACUAAUGAAGAUGACACUAAAAAGAUUCUUGAGUCUACUAUUAAACAUUUUGGUAAGCUGGAUAUUUUGAUUAACAAUGCUGGAACUAUUGAACGUGGCGGUAUUGAGAAUACCAGCUUGGAUCAGUAUGACAGAGUAUUUAAUCUCAAUGUCCGUUCAAUGUACCAGCUGACAAUGCUAGCAGUCCCUCAUUUAAUAAAAACCAAGGGUAACAUCGUGAACGUCUCCAGCGUAAAUGGGUUAAGAUCAUUCCCAGGAGUUCUAGCAUACUGCAUGAGCAAAUCAGCUGUUGACCAAUUUACCCGUUGCACUGCUAUUGAACUAGGCUCCAAGCAAGUCCGUGUUAAUGCUGUUAACCCAGGAGUUGUAAUUACAAACUUACACGAGCGCAGUGGAAUGUCUCCAGAAGAACUGAGCGCCUUUUUCGAGCGCAGCAAGACUACUCAUGCACUUGGUCGUCCUGGACAGGCUGAUGAAGUCGCUAAAACUAUCGCAUUCCUUGCUAGUGAUGACGCUUCUAAUAUUACAGGAGCUACUCUUCCAGUUGAUGGUGGUCGUCAUGCUCUUUGCCCUCGUUAA